GCUUUUGUUGCUCAAUUUUGCCAACAACAUUUGCGUUGCUUCAAUCGGCUGACCAGUCCCGGCCGAGAUUCUUCUCUCUACUUGGGCCAUAGUCAGCUAUAUACUUGUGGUCUGGAUGCGGUGAGAGACUCCAUAGCAGGCUAUCUUAGUCGAGCUGUUGAUAUAUUUCUCUCCCACCUGAGUCUCGUGCGUCCAGUCUCCGAGACAGGGCGAAUGCGGCUUGCUGCCGACUGUGUUGAAUUCGAAAUGGCUCUUUCUUUUCUCUGCCUAGCUACCACAGAAACAUCGCGGGAGUAUGGAAAUCGGUUGGCGGAAAUCGUUCCCUUGGAUUACUCAUACCUCCGCGAGUUCAAACAUCUUCUUUUGGCAAGUAUAUCAGAAAUUGAAGAACGGAAUGUAAAUGCUAUCUUCUAG